AUGUUAGACUUAGGAGCUUCUAUAAAUGUUUUACCAUAUUCACUUUUUAAAACUAUCGGGGUAGGGCCUUUAAAAAGAACAGGAUUCAUCAUUCAGUUAGCUGAUCGUUCUCUGGUACACUCAAAAGGUGUACUGGAAGACGUUUUGGUUCAAGUGAAUGCACUCAUAUUCCCAGUUGAUUUCUAUUUUUUGGAUAUGGGAGAUGACGACCCACCAAAAUCAAGUUCCAUUCUUUUGGGGAGACCAUUUUUAAAAAUUGCCAGAACCAAAAUAGAUAUUUAUGAUGGUACCCUUUCAAUGGAAUUUGAUGGUGAAGUUAUCAACUUCAAUAUUUAUGAUGCCAUGCAUUACCCAGAUGAUGUUUUAGCCCUUAAUUUCAUUGAUGUAAUUGAACCAUUAUCUGCAAAAUACUUUGAGAUUGCUAACUGUGAGUCACUAGCAUUAGUGCUCCAUAGAAAUUUGUCUAUUAAUGCAGCACAGGUUAUAUCAAAAAAUUAUGUGGUUGAUAGAGAAGUUCAAGAGAUGGCAACUCAUAUGGACCAGCAGAGAAAGUUGAGGUAUGGUAACCAAACUCUUAAAUUACCAAUUUCUAACUCCAAGCUUUUUCCUUCUGUAGUGCAAGCCCCUAUCUUGGAGCUAAAGACACUUCCAGAACACCUGAAAUAUGCGUAUCUUGGGGAAAAUGAAACAUUACCAGUUAUCAUAUCCAACAAGCUGUCAGAAAAAGAAGAGUUAGAGCUGAUCAAAAUUUUAAAGGAGUAUAAAAGCGCAAUUGGGUAG